AUGAAUGAGAAGUACAAGUUGCAGUCGUUAGGAAGCGAGGAGGAGGUUAAGAGUGUGGUGUUUACGAAUGAGCCUGAGGUGAGUAUAGGCAGUGGAAUUGAUGCAGGUGUGCGUUUGCAGCAGCCGUCGAUCAAGGAGAGGCAUGUGCUUGUGUAUUUUGAGCACAUGAAGAUGCGAGUGAUUGGGGAGAAUGUGUUUUUGAAUGAGGAUGCUGUUGAGAAGGGAUCUGUGUGUGAGUUUAGGUUUGGGGAUGUGGUGCGGAUAUGCAGGUACAGGUUUGUUUUUUCGCAGACCGAGCCAGGAGAUUUUGUUGAUGACAGCAAAGUGAUCCGAAGGCCAAGGAUGGAGAUGAGCUACCUGAAUAGUGAGGGGAUUGGCAAUGCGGAAGAGAGUGAAGAGCCGACGAAUGUGACUGAGAGUAAGAAGAUGCAGGUUGUGGAGAAGAGUGGCGAAGGAGUGAUGGGGGAAGCAGUAGUAUCUAUUGCAUUGAACAAGGUGUCUGGAGUGUAUGUAUCGCUUGGCGGGGACGAGCAUGCAAAUGUGUCAUGCAUAAAGCAGGUGCUUGAGGAGCAAAAGGAGGUGCUUGAGAAGGAGAUUGAGGAGUCUAUUGAGCAUGGGGCGGUAGAUACGCCGGUGAUUGCAUCGCUUGCAAAGAAGCAUGGGCGUGAUCUUGGGGAGGUGAUGAUAGAGAAGGAGAUUUUGAACAGUGCAGAAAAGAUAGUUGAGGAGAAGAUGAGGAAUGAGCACGAUGCGAUUGAGCUGGGGCUUGAUGAGCUGAAGCAGAGUGUGAAGGACAGUAUCAAGGAGGAGCUGCGAGAAGACCUGAAGAGGGAUUUUAUGAUGGAAGUGAAGGAGGAGAUCAGGGAUGAAGUAAAGGAGGUUUUGAUGUCGAGCGAGAUGAAGGAUGCGAUUGCCACGGAUAUGAUGGGGCAUAUUGAUAUUGAUGCGUCUCAGGAGCAAGCGAAUGGGGAAGAUGAAAAGAAUGAGAGGGGCGCAGGUAUGGCUGAAGGCAUGAAAGACAAGAAGGAUGAAGGUGAAGAUGUGGAUAUGGGAGAUAAGAAAGAAAUGAAUAAUGAGAAAGCAUCAAAGCCUAGACGACGUGCAAGCUCUAUAGGAGUAAGAGUUGACGGCGAAGAAGGAUCAGAAGCACCACCUACAAGAAAAAGCUCGAUCAAAAGCAAACGACAGAACGCUGGAGAAGAUGAGGGAGUGAAGAGGAAGAAAGAUGGGAAGGGGAAUGAAAGCAAGCCUAAGGGGCGUAAGAAGUAG